AUGCGGGAGAAGUCUGCCAUCCAUGGUAUCACAGUCGAAAAGAUCGUGGAGAUUCACCAGUUCAUGGUGAUGGAGAUGCAGAAGGUCCUCACAGAAUUCCUUGCGCUGGAUCAGGAGACACGCCGAACUUUCAGCAACAAGGCUUGUGAAACCACUGCCGAACUCCUUGUAUCUGUGGCUGUAGAACAGACGCUGGGUGUGCACUGCGAGGAUGUGGAGCAGGCCGUGAUCCAGCACGAGGAGAUCCUGGCAAACAACCCAGAGUUCGCCCGCUGCACUGAUCAGCUGGCAAACAUGAUGCAGCACCUCACAGGUGCGGCGCAGCCGCGCGCGAACAAGGAGGACUUCCUGGAGGUCCUCCGAAACAUGGCGGACCAUGCCCAGAAGGCGAAGGAUUUUUCCAAGAAGGUUUACGAGGAGUACCGGGCCAAAACUUGUCCCGUCAGCGAUGCUUACCGCCGCUUCGAGGAGUUUGCCGCAGACACGCCAGCGGCCAAAGAGGGCCUCGAGGACUUGACGCCAGUGGAGCUACAGCUCUGCUACGACGAGUACAGGGAAGACAAUGAGGUGCGAAGUGCGUGGUCCAAAGCCGGUGUGGAGAACAGCAUCAUGAUGGCGAGCUGCAUGACUUCGCUCCUCAAGAAUGAUGCCGCUGCCGUUCCAUUGCCGGAGGACAAGAAGGGCAAGAAGAUGAAGCUGUCAGAGAUCGUAGAGAUGCAGGAGCUAAUGGUGGAUGAGAUGAAGCGGCUAUCUGAAGCGGCCAGCGCUGCGUCUAAGGCCUCUUCUUCAUCUCCCUGGCGAGCGGAGGUUGCCAUGCAAAUGGUCCAGUCGCUAGCCAGCGCUGCGGUGGAACGGAGAUACGGCGUGUCACCGGAGGAGAUGACAAUCGCCGGGAUCCAAAACGCUCCCAUGCUUCAGAAGAACGAACGCUUCGUCCGUGCCACUGAGAAGCAACAGGAGAUCAUCAUGGCGGUUGCGCAGUUUUGUGCACAGUGA